GACUCCUUCAUACAUUGACGAUGCGCCUCGGGUGUCUCACAACCACGGAACUGCCGCAUCCAUCUGAGACAAGAGAUCCUCCGCAUCCUACCCUACACCCCCAUGUCGUCCCCAGCCCAGAAAUUCAUCAACGAGGCUCUCGGUGCAUUCGACCUCGCGGUCUGCGGCGCACUCGUCCUGCAGGGCGUCCUGUGCGCGCAGUUCGCGCGGUACGCAGCGAACGGCUACCACCGCACAGACCUGCCGUUCCUGCGCGCGUGGGUCGCCGGCCUGCUCGUCCUCACGCUCGGGAAGAACGCGUACGGCGUGGCUCUGAUCCAGGUCAAGAACACGACGCACUAUGGGAACCUGCCCGCGGCACUCGCGGCUUGGGAGUCCGUACAAUACGACACCAAUUUCUUUCUCAACCUCGUCGUCACGUUCUACGCGCAGCUGUUCUUCUGUUGGCGGCUGUGGACACUGUCGCGGAAGCUGUGGCUGUCGCUGUCCAUGGCGCUCCUCUUCGUCGUCGCGCUCAUCUGCGGGGUGUUCACCGUGCCCUCGGGCGGCAUGCGCGAUCCCGUGCGGUGGAACGCCGCGAACUUCAGCCUCUACUUCGUCGCGGACUCGGCGCUCUGCGGGUCGACGAUAUUCUUCCUCCUCUCACGCUCGGACGAAGCCUUCCGCAGCACCGCGAGCACGCUGCACCGCAUCGCGGCCGUGACGAUCCAGUCCGCCGCGCCCGCGGCGCUGUGCGCGCUCGUCGUGCUCGCCUCGUCGCAGGCCGCGCCGAACUACUACUCCGGCAGCGCGGCGCUGGCGGUGACGCUCGUCGCGAACAACGUCCUGCCGCUGGUCUACGCGUUCGCCGCGCUGUGGACGCUCAACGCGCGCCGCGCCAUCCGCGACGCGAUGCUGCGCGAGCGGGAGGGCCAGGCGGAGACGCUCGCAAGCGGGUCGCGGGGGGAGGUGUCGUGGAGGCGCAGUUUGACGACGAGGACGGGGACGGACGCGCACGUUGUGUGA